UUUAAUAUUCACAGUAUUCGGGUGGUGAUAUUUAGAAAUAUAUAUAGUAAUGGUUUCAUGGGGUACAUUACAGCGGAGGUAAAAGUCUAUAACGAACCAGAUGAUGAGUUUCCCAGGUCACAAUCCUCACCUGUUCAAGUGGAGGAGCCUCAACAGGAGCAAAACAUCUGCAGACAAGGUGCAUGUGAAGAAUGGUGAUAUUGAUCAGUGGAGGAAGCGGGUGGAGAUGGCCUCUGAGUUUGCUGUGUCUGAAGUCUUCUCCCACAAGACACCUCAGUCAGGAAGCAGCAGCCGAGCUGUUCCACUGCAAAGCUCUGACCAGUUAAAAGAUCACGAUGACGCAUAUAAUGAAGCUCAGGUUCUUCUUAGUGAUUGGCUGAGCAGUAAGCUGCGGUUGGAGCUGGAGGAGGAAGAUGACCUGAUGUGCUCCCCUGAGAGGAGAUGCCCCACUGCACAAGCUUGUUCUCAACCUACUGCCCCGAACUAUGACAACUUCGACGAUCUCUACAACUGCCUGACUGAGGAAGAGGACUACUGCUCUGUUAAAAGCUUCCUACAAGGCCUGAUGGAGCAGGAGGUUUUAGACAGUGGGAUGAUGGAGGAACUGGUGCUGGAUGUCGGACAAUCAAGGAAGAAGUUCAGGGACCCGCUCGUCACCAUGGAAGCGCGACACGAGCAGGUGCGAGAGAACAGGGCCCGGCGUGACGCAGAGAGGCAGAGGCAGCAGAGAGAGAGAGAGAAUCAGCGGGGAGCAAGAGAGGAGGCAAAGAGGAGGGAGCGAGAGGAGGAGGUGAGGAAGAAGCAGGAGGCGCGCAGACAGGAAGAGAUGGUGCAACAGGAGAUGGUGCGACUGCGGCGUCAGAUGGAGGAGAGGAAAGGCCCGGAACCACUGAUUCGACAGAGGGAGAGAGAGAGAAUGGAAGGUCAGAGGUCGGCCAGUAACAUCCAGCCAGCUCCAACCCAUUCCACAAAACAGCAGCAGCAGGACGCAGAGCCACUGUACAGAGAACAGAACAUUCAAACCAUGCUUCACUUGAGCAACCUUAAGUGUUUGCAGAGGCAUUUUUCUGAAUGGUAUUCAGUCGUUUUGGACCGAAGGCUUCGUAUGGAUAAGGCCAGGGCCCUCUCUGACUGGAGGAGGAAGCUAAGAGCAUGGCGAGCGUGGCGGACAGUGGUGUGGGCAGAGCAGAAGCAGCGAGAAGUGGCGAGAACGGAGGAGAAGCUACGGACUGAAAACAGGCAAGAAUCAAAGAAAACUAGACAAUGCCAGCUGGCUGUGGAGAGUGACCGAAGGCGGCUGCUGCAACAUUGUGUGAACGAGUGGCGGCUAUGGUGUCGGAAGGAAAGGGAACAACGAGAGCUUUUGGCCCAGCAGCAGGAAACCCGCCGAAAAAUGGCCGCUUUAAUCAGCGCUGCAUCAACAGGCAAACUCACGGCUGCAGGAGCCCCCCCUUAUCGACCAAUAAUGGCCUCACCCGUGGCGUCGAAUCAACCAGAGACCAAGAAGAAGGAGAAUCACCACAGGUCAGGCUCUUUGGCCCACAAAGCCUCUGCACUACAUCAGGAUAAGAUGCCUGCGGGAACCGUGGCAGAGCCCACUCAGCCAUGGCAGGUGACCCGAAGGCAUGCAGCUCCAACUGCUGCUGAACUCCAGGACGCGCUGCAGCGAGGAGUCAGUGGCGGCUUCGCCUCCUCAAAAAGCACCACGUCACCUAGCGACAGGUUUGAGAACAGACACGCAGUCCAGCAGCAGAUCAUCGCACAACAACGCAGGCUGCUGAAAGUGCAGCAAGAGCAAAUUGCACGGCUGAAGGAGGUGCAGAGCGUGAAGGGUUUGGAGGAGGAAGUGGAGAAAACUGCACAGAUCUCACAAACAUCAAAGCGAAGAGGCUCCAGACUAAAGAGCCGUGACUCUGAGCACACAGAGCAGAGGGAACAGAGAGUUUCCACAGAGCCCGACAGCCAGUGGACGCCUCCGAGGAAAGCUGUCACACGCCAGACAUGCCCUCAUCCAAUCAUCACGGCCAUGGAGGCCCGGGCCCAGCAACGUGCAGAACGAAGGAAGGAAAUCGAGGAGCUCAAGAGAAAGAAGGAAGAGGAGAAGAUGGCUGAGAUGAAAGUAGCUGAGGAGCAGAGACAGAGGGAGGAGGAGGAGGAAAAACACAGAGCAGCAGAAAAGAGGAAAGAGGAGAAGAGGCUGGAAAGAGAGAGGGAAGAGGAAAAACAGAGGCAAGUGAAAAGGCAGCAAGAGCUCCUGAAACUCGCCCGUCAACACUACCAAAGAACCUUGUUGCUACGGAGAGGCCUGGCGCCGUGGAAACGCCUCAUUCAGCUCCAACUAGUCAACACACAGCUGGCCGAGAGUCAUCACAAUCUCCUCCUCCUGAAGCGCUGCACACUAGGCUGGCAGCAAUCAGCAAGAGAGACCCUGUCUGCAAAAGAAGCUUCUGCUGACCAACUGCACCAGCACUUUCUGCUUCGGAGGAGCUUAAGCUGCUGGAAAAGACUGCGUUUACAACAGUUCAUCGGAUGUGGUGUGAGGUUCGUCAGAAUACAGUCAGGCACUUGA